GUGGAACGUAAACUUUGUCUUUGUAAUUUAACAUUGCAUAUUACCUUUUAAAAAAAAAUUAAAAUAACAUUUAAAUGUCUGUAACUGUUAGAUAUUGCAGCCGUUAGUGAGACUGAUGGUGAAGAAGAUGAAAACUUAAAUGAAAACCAUGAACUGGUAGAUUCAUUUUUAUCAAAACCAGGAACAUCACAUGAUUCUUCUUUCACAAGUUCAGCUUUUAAGAAUAUUUCUACAUUUCUUUCAAGUCACAUGGGAUCACAUUCAAAUCAUAACACAAGUUCUAAUAAAAUCAAAAUGGAUAAAAGUUUUCAUUCAUUAAAAAAACAACAAAAAAAGAAUUUGGCAAAAGAAGAUCAAGCAAAAGGUAGCAGUUUGGACAGAAAACAUUGGAAAUUUUUAGGAAUGGGUAUGAUUGGGCGGGAUUCAAACGAACCAGUUCCAACAUCUCAAUAUCGUAGUUAUCGAAGAGUACCUCCAACAGUUCCUAAAUGUGCAUCAGAUACAUCUGUACUCCCUAACACUUAUAACCAAAACUCUGAUGUAUAUCCUAUACCUCAAAUUAACCAUAGUCGACCAGCAGAUAUGGUUGAUUAUCGAUUGGCAACGGUAACAAAACCUGAUACUAACCAAAGACGAACAGAUCCUACAAACAGCUCCGAAAUAACAUUAGAAUCAUUUAUACAGUCCCGUCAAGAUGAAAGGCGUAUACAACACCUACAUAUGGGAAUGCGUGUACCUCAGUACACAGCUCCACCACCACCUCCAGGAAUUAGAGAAGAUCAAAAUCAACAACUUUUGGAUCAAGCUAGUUUCAGAAUUGCUACUGAAAGUGAACCUCGAUCAAGGCAACCAAUCACUGCAUUGACUAGUGUUGAACACCUAAGUGUAUUACCACCUUGGUUAAUUGAGAGUUCUACUCAGUCUAGUGACUUUAAUGGAAAUAGAAAUUCUAAAACAUUUCCACAUCCUCGUGAUGGUCCAUAUAUGCCUCAUUAUCUGAAUCACAUGAACAUCAAUUAUAUUCCAAUCGAUAUGUAA